AUCCUUGCCCAAAGCUGCACUUGUUCUGACCUUAGGAAUUCAAACCCGACACAGUGUAAGUAUCCGAUUGCAUGUGCACCUGAAUAUUCUAGAACCUUGUUAUCAGUGCAGCAUUUCUUUUAAUAACGCAAAGAUCACCUUAAGCUUAUUAACUCUUUUUAGUUGUAAAAUAAUUUGCUUUCUCAUGUAAACGUCAACGCCGCUUUACAAUUCGAGGACCGUUUUUUGCAGCUAAGGCUCUUUGGUCACUCUUUGGCUUACUUGCUUUAAUUUCGCUGAAGGAAAUCACAUCGUCAGGCUUCGAUAGCUCUUUCACACUCUGUCGAUCGCAUCUUCUCCACUUGUCAGUGUCUCCAAAAGCCCAUGGCAUGACUACUUCAUCCAUGAGCUAAAAAACCUCUGUAGCUUUAACAAACCGUCGACGUCUAGAAAGGCAACCUCGUUCCCAGGAUUCUCUCCAACGGAGAGACAACCUGGGAAAGAAUUUAGCCUGUCAACACUUAACUGAACGAGGUUAGUGGGAAAGGAAUGUAUGACAGCGGGGAGAAUUGGGUGACCCCAGCCCGAGCGGCUGCGAGGAAGACUAUCGUCUCCCGCCAAAAGUCUCAGGUUUCUUUAUUUCUUUUUUUUUUUUUUUGAACGGCAGUUCCUGGCCAUGAACCUAUUAAUUUUACUUUUUGUUUGUUUUGAACGGCAGUUCCCGGCCAUGAACAUAUUAAUUUUACUUUUCCCGUUUUAAAAGGCAGUUCCCGGCCAUGAACAUACUAGUUUUACUUUUCCUGUUUUGAAUGGCAGUUCCCGGCCGCGAACAUAAUAAUUUUACUUUUUCUGUUUUGAAUGGCUGUUCCCGGCCGUGAACAAAUUAGUUUCACUUCUGCUUCUAUUUCACUUUUAUUUUUAUUUUCAUUUCAUAAUAAAAAUGUUUUGUUUUGUUUUGAAAAUUAACAAAAUGAAUCUAUUUCCAGUUCAAUGAAAAACAAAAUAAUUUGACGUUUUACUUUCGCUUUAUUUUCAAUUCAAAAUAAUUAAAGUUCAAUCUAAAAUUAACAAAUUUAUGUCGUUUUGACAAAUGGCAGUUGUCGGCCACCAUAGUUAUGAAAAAGAACUUGUCAGUGAAUUGGUUUAUUUCUAGCCUGCGAACAAGUGCCGGGGGGUGGUGGCGGACAGAGCCAGGUGACUAUUCCUUUUUUCGGGCGGGAGCUAGCAGUACGUGCAUUCUGGUCUAACUCCAUACUGUGUAGACUGGACAAUUCGUCAACAGCAGGUUAAGGUCUCGCCAGAAGAUGCCCUUGCUGCAGAGGAGCAAAGCAAUACUACUUUCAGUAAUUUAAACAUGUUAAAUACUUGUAUUUCGCUCAUCAAAUGUGUCCAUUGUCCAUUGUCGAUUUGUGGUUUACAGGAAUGUUCUUUUGCGGAGCAUUGGCCAAUUUUCUUUAAACAGUUUCACUCGUUUCCAUUCCCCUGCUCUACCUUCAUGUUGCAUAUGGCGUACGUGUGUACCUAAAUCCCUCAAUUCAUACUGAGGUGAUCGAUAAAGAAGUCUACACGCUAAGCGGGGUUAAGAUUAGUUUAUUACAAGCAAAGGCUCAGAAGGCUAAGUGCAAAUAAAAGAAAACUAGUGUGAAAAGUUUUGCAGACUCGGCUUACUCUAUUUGUUUUCUCUCUCUAUUUGAGUUUCGGCUCGUGACAUCCUAAAAUCAAGUUUAGUUCCACGUGUUUUGGGAAUAUAAAAUAUAAAACUAAAAAAAGAGUGUUAAUUGUCAUUUUAUUUUUUUCUUGUACACUCGUGCGAUGAUUUAUCCUUUUCUGUACAGUUGCGUGACCAGACUCAAAUUACACACGGGCUUCAUCACGCAUCACAGGGUUUAGUCCGAGGCUAAACGACGGAAGACUUCAGUAAACUGCGGCCACUUGCGAUUGAAACGACUGUGGUAAGUAAUUCUUAGAGAUCUCGAAUCCCAUUUAGAGCUAGCACGCCGUUUCUAGCGGCUUCAAUUUAGGUGCAGAAACUCGAGGUCAAUAUUUACACUCUAUGAGAAACGAGGGGUGACAGCUCUGACAAGGGCUGUUUCGGGAGAAAAACAAAUUUAUUCCGGGAAUCUGGAGAUUUUGCCGGGAAUAGGGACACCUGGGAAGUUUUUCGGGAAAUAUGAGAUAUUUUCGGGACAUUGACAUUGAGCAAAGAUUUGAUAUUGCAUGUUAUCAAACAAUAUAAUAUGCACAGUGAUAUGCACCCUUUGUAUGCGCUGGUGUAUUUUAUGUAUUUUGACCCUUGAAAACAGUUUAACUCCCCAUGAUAUGAAAAGACCAAUCAGCAACGUUUCCAACUAAAAUAGCAUGAACUUGGAGUGCGAUUGACCACGUGCAAUCCCCAGAGGAUUGACACAAGAACUGUGCCGGUGCAAGGCACGUACUAUCAGAAUACUUAGCUGAAAGUGAUGUCCAGAACAAUUUCAAAAACCGCACAAAAUAUAAAAUAAAAUCGACUACCUCUACGCGAAGUCACGCCACUAAAAAUAAGCAUAAAAAUGACAAUUGAUUUAAAGAACAUUUUGGAGAGAAUUUGUCCUCUCAGAACACUAGAAAUGGCGUUUCACACAACCAAGAUUUCAAAAUUUUCUGGGGGAGCAUGCCCCCAGAUCCCCCUAGUGGCUGGCCCCUUCAACGCUCGCCUGAUUCGUCGGUGAUUUAAAAAAAAAACCACGAUUUUAUAUACUUAAAAAGUUGGACAGUCUUUCUGUGUUAACAUGACACCCUCAGCUUUCUACUCCUCUAAACAAAAAAAUAACUAAGGUUAGAUGAUUAACAAGUUACAUAAUUAAAAGAAGCUACAAAAGAUAUUUAAUCAAAAUUUUAAUUUUAAUUGUUAAAACAAUUUUGGAAAGUUAAAAAUUAAACAUGGGAAAUUCCACCGAAAAAUUUGGGAGGGUCGUCCAAAUUUCCGGGAGGACAAAGUUUUUCAUAGGACUGCCCAAACAGCCUUUGUUAGAGUUGUCACCCCCCUUUUGAGAACUUAACAGCGUUGUUUUUUUCAGCUACUUGCGUGCAAUCAAAUGCAGUGUUAAUCUACUUAGUUCUUUUUUGUAACCAUCAAAUUAAAAAGCCUUUUUCAAAAGAUUUUAAGAACUUCCCGUAAUGUGCCCCUUGUAAAAGAAGCUAAGUUAGCAAAAACUUUUGUGUACCCACCCUCGCGGCUAGCUUGUUUUCAGCGUUCCAACGAGAGAAAAUACGCUGCACGUUUCGGUGUCUCAGCGACGCACUUUUGUAAUGCCGCCAAAAAAUUUUUAACACAAGAAACGGCAAAGGAUGUGCUUUAAAAUAGUGUUUGUUUCAUGUUGAAAUUCCGUGUAUCAAUUGUUUUUUUCGAUGGUGAAGUUAGGUCAAAUUUGCCAUUUUUGAAAACAGGCGAAAUCGUGUUUCUUCUUGCGGCCAACACAGUCACAUUUAAACAGCUUAUCUAAAGAUAAUUGCAGAAUUAUAAAGUACAAGUCUGUGUUUUCCUUGUGACUUGAUUUCAUUUAGAGAUAUCGUCCCGUUUUUAUGUACGAGCGCGAAGAAAAUGCUUAAUUUUCGCUAAUUUCAUACUCGAAAGAGCGGCGAUUUGGUGUUUUUCAUACUUUGCCCGAUUCAGGAAAAAAUAAAAAGCCGUUACAAGUGUUAAUGUGAUUUUUGAAAUAAGUGUACUAUAGCGAUUAUGUGGGCAAAAUAUGAAGAAAUUCAAAAAUUCACGACUGUCAACCGAUUCUCGAAAAUUACAGACAUUGGCUCUUAAAAAGUGUUGCCAACGUCACGCCAUUGAUUAUCAAUGGUCUGAUUUUACCAAAUUAUUGUUUUUUGUGAUCUAAAUAUGUUCAGCGUCACUACAGUUAGUUGGGUUUUCUUACACUACUAAUGGAUUUUAUGUUCUCAGCACCACUGUAUGCUGUCAGAUUUGUGUCGGACGUAGACUUUCGGAAACUUUUUCAGUCGAUUUUUUUAAAGAAUAUCUCUUUGCAUGUCUACUUAGCCUGCGUAGCAAGCGUUUCUGUGCGGUUUAGGAGCAAAGAAUAAGGAACAAGAGUCACAGACCGCGCGAAAAAUGGGUUCUCGUUUCAUUUCUCCCGCGGUCAAAACCGAAAGUCCCCUUCUACGAGCUUUUUUUGCUCCGAAACCAAACGGAAACGCUUGUUACGCAGGCUAAUGUCUACUAAGCUAACCCUAUGUCUAAGCCUUGCACCAUUUUUGAUUAACGUAUUUCAGUUCGAACCUACUCUACUUUAAUCUACUCCACUUUCGUUCUAGGUCUGCGCUGCAACUAAGAAUUACGUUUACGUUUACUAGCUACAUAUAUCUUAUUAGACGUUUUGUUGUGUAGUAUCGCUGAGUAUUUUUACGAGUUCUGCCAUAUUUUAACGAGCCCAUAGGACGAGUCAAAAUACAAACAACAAGUAAAAAUACUCAGCGAUACUACACAACAAAACGUCUUAUAAGAGAUAUAUUAUCCAAAUGACGCCAAAUUGUUAUUUCGGUGCGGGCGAAUUUCGCGGAUAUUUCUGGAGUACAAAUAUCCCAUGAUAUUUGUACUCGUCUCACGCGUUAUUUGUACUCUACGAAGGACAGUUGGAUAAUAAUGCAUUAACGCAUUUCAACAAAUUGUUUCAUUCCCUGUUCUUAAGUUUAAACCUUAUUUAUAAAUCUGUUAUUAUUCAUUCAAAAUAUUUUCCCGAUUCUGAUUGGCUAAAAGCACACGUUUAAUUCACCAUAACCAGUUACUGAUGACCAAAUUUGGAAGAAUUUUGUGUUAAACGAGGAAAUGACGUCAAAAAUGCAGCGUUUUCGCAGGUUAAGGCACCGUUAACCAAGAAGACCUGGGGACAAGGCUGAAUUGUUUUGGUUGUGAACUUGAAAAAUGGUGGACAUUUCACUCGUUUCAAGAGUAAGAAAUAGGCGAAACAAUAGCUAAAAACAUGGCAAGAACAGCAAGACGACAACUUGAAGGGCGACAUAUACUAUUUGGAGAAUAUUUGCGGAGUUAGACAAACCUAAACGUGCACUAUCGAAGAUGAACUUAACAUCGAUGGGUCGAUGGAGGUAAGCAUGUUUUAGCCAUGUUUUUAAACUUGGAAUUAGUUUGAAUGAACAAUAAAGCAAUUAUUGAAUUCGGUUUUCGUAGAUUGAGAUCUCGGAGGGUGUUAUCCGCCUCGGCCUACGGCCUCGACGAAUAACACCCUCCUCGAUCUCCAUAAUUCUUCAUAAGAUACUCAGCCUUAUUCAUUAAUUGUUAAUUAUUUUAUAGCACUGAGAGAAAUUUAUGCAUUGAAAGUCGCACAUUUGAUUUUGUCACGCUUCCCCUCGUAUAGCAGGCAGUAGCCACAAAAACAAAUAACGAUGUACCAAAACUAUAAAUCGUGGGGUAAAAAAGUAAUAAUGCCAUCUUCUUAUGAAACGUUCGGAUUGAAAAAGGGUUGAAAUUUUUACCGCUUUCUCUCCACAGGUGAAAAGCUUCAGAAAAACCACGUAAAUGGCUUCCAAACUAAAGGAUGUUUCCAAACUAAGGCUGGUUCUGGUGGAGGGUGAUGAUUACGCUAAAAGUGCUGGGGAAUUCUCACUCACAGACGACAAAGUUCGAAAUAAAAACAUUUGGGUUUGUCAAAGUAACAGCCGAAUGAUGUUCUACACAGGCAGUUCGUGGGUAAUUACUGCAACCCAGUACAUGCAAGAUGUCCUUGAUGGUAGCACAGGGGGGUUUGAAUCAUCAAAGCCCGCUGAAGAACCAUAUGAAGCAAAUUGGAGCCCUAAAUUCAAGGUAAGUAAAGAUGUUAGGAAACUGCCUUUUGUUGCGAAAGUGGGAGAAGGAAGAAAUAAACCCAUCCCCCUCUUCCCUUCCUUCCUUCCUCCCACAAGGAUACGAACCUAAAAGUCUUGGUACGAUGCAAUAUAUUUAUAGUACCUCAAGCCAGGGCAUAGAGUCAGUUCACAUCUGUCCAGAGUACGUAUUAUCAUCUUUGUGUUGUUCACUCGACAAGCCAUGGUCACGUAAGAACAUAGUGUGUGGCCUUGCUUACCGGCGUAGUCUCUUACAAGUUUACUGGAAGAUUAUAGAACCGAGAUUUCUUAAACUCUGAAGUACAAAUCUACGUGGAGGAACCCUUCUUUCUUUUUUUCUUUGUCUCGUGAUAAGUGAAUGACAUCUCUUUCUCAGGUCAGUGAAGUUUACCUCUCAAAUAAAUGGGUCGUAGCUGAACAGCCAUACCGUUCACCUUCGGUUCAUAUUUGGUGGUCAGCGCCCGCCAAUCCAGAAGUACAACGGGAAGGGGUUACCUGGUUCUACAACGAGGUGAUCGUUAAAGAGACAGCGGGUAGCAGUUACUUCAUGACUAAUGGUUUCACUGGGGGCUACAUGGGCAUUCAAGAUCGUUCUCCUAAGUGGGUUCUCUUCUCCAUUUGGGACAAGACCUCGACAGAAGACGAUCCAAAUGCAUCGCCGGACGACUUGAUCAAAGUGCUUGCCCAUGGUGAAGGCGUCACAGUUAAACGCUUUGGAGGCGAAGGAACGGGUGGCCAGAGUUAUCUUACCUAUGACUGGAAGGUAGGCCACACAUAUCAGCUCAUGGUGAACGUGAAACCAGAUGCAAAAGAAAACGACAAGGCCGUCUUCACGGGUUGGUUCCGCAUCCCAGAGCUGAAUAUCUGGCGACUGUUAGCAUCAUUCCAGGUUCGUCCUCAGGCAGCAAGCAAGAAACUGGAGAAUCCCUACUCGUUUCUUGAAGAUUGGAUUGGAAAUGGCUACCGCCGUAAGGGCUUGUGGGGUCCAGCAUGGAUCAGAACAGACCGUGGUCCUUGGGUGCAAGCUACACACGGAAGAGGUACAACCACAGAGUACGAUGCCAACAACAGAAACGCCUUCCUGUCUGAUGACCGUAAGCAUCUGGGGAUGACUACUGGUGGACCAACACUGACAGAUACAUCCUUGGGCCCUUAUACAUGUGAUUCCUCCAGUAUUCCAUCUGUUCUACGCUUGAAUCCUCUCCCAGACCGCGAUGGAGCUCCUGCCCGCGAGUCCUAGACUCCUACCGUCAGUAUCUGAGAGCUCAUUUACAAAGCACCUAGCCUAGGUGUAAUGUAUGCAUAAAUUAAAAAGGUAUUCGGAAUACUUUUUUAAUUUAUGCAUACAUUUUUAUUUUAGGCAUUUUUUGUGUAUGCCUACAGAAAGUUGCAUUUUCUGCAUCGGUGGUCUGUCC